CAAGCCAUACAUUCAUUUGGAAACCCAUCUCCAAUCUCCAACUCAGAUACCAUGGUCAGCUCCUGUUGUGGCUCUGUCUGCUCUGAGGAGGGCUGUGGCCAAAGCUGCUGCCAGACCACCUGCUGCCGCCCCAGCUGCUGUGUGUCCAGCUGCUGCAGGCCUCAGUGCUGCCAGUCUGUGUGCUGCCAGCCCACUUGCUGCCAUCCUAGCUGCUGCAUUUCUAGCUGCCGGGUGUCCAGCUGCUGCUGCCCUAGCUGUGUUAAUUCUAGCUGUUGUGGAUCCAGCUCCUGCCGCCCCACCUGCUGUGUGUCCAGCUGCUGCAGACCUCAGUGCUGCCCAUCUGUGUGCUACCAGCCCAGCUGCUGCCGUUCCAGCUGCCGCUCCAGCCGUUGCCGCCUCUGCUGUGGUAGUUCUAGCUGUUGUGGAUCUAGCUAUUACAGACCCAGCUGUUGCAUUUCCAGCUACCGCCGCCCCACCUGUUGCAUUUCUAGUUACUGCAGGCCUUCCUGUUGCCAAUCCACCUGCUACCACUCCUACUGUUCCCGUCCCAGCUGCUGUGCUUCCAGCUGUUACAGGCCUUCCUGUUGCAGCCCCACCUGCUGUGUGCCCAGCUGUUGUAGGCCAAGCUGCUUUCAGUCUGUAUGCUGCAAGCCCACCUGCUAUGUUUCCAGCUGUUGCAGACCUAACUGCUGCAGGCCCACCUCCUGCCACCCCACUUCCUCUGCUUCCAGCUAUUGCAGAUCUAACUGCCUCCCCUACUAUUUCCAUCCCACCUGCUGUGUGGUCAGCUGUUGUAGGCCAAGCUGUUUCCAGUCUGUGUGCUGUAAACCCACCUGCUAGGUUUCCAGCUGUUGCAGACCUGUCUGCUGCAGGCCCACCUGCUGCUGCCCCAGCUGCUCUGGUGGUUCUUGUUGCUGAG